GCUAACCUUAUCAGUGGUCAGAAUGGUUAUUAUUAUACUCUGCCCUCCAGAAUUCCUCUGCUGAGUGAAGAUGGUGAAUUACAAAGUGACCGUAUCAACUGGUAAUCUCUCCUGUGUCACCACUUUUAGCAAUGUCUUCAUUAAGCUGGUGGGCACAGAUGGGGUGAGUGAACACAAGUGGCUCAUGGGCUUAAAAGGAACUUCAUCCUUCAUGCAAGGAGUAGUGUCUAGUUUUUAUGUGUGCUGCCCUGCCUCCCUUGGAAAGCUGGUCCUGAUAGAACUAGACAAACAGCGUCUCCCACUGUUCCCUGAGGACUCUUGGUUUCCUACCAAGGUGGAAGUUAAUUCUCCUGAGGGAGACACCUACAACUUUCCCAUCUACCGUUGGAUCACUGACAGCGAGGUGCACCGCUUCAGAGAGGGAACAGCUCUGACAGUCUUUGAAGACAGCCAUCAUCUCGGCAGGUACAGUCAGCAGCAGGAGCUGAUCCAGCGAGAGAAAGACUAUUGCUUGGCAGAUGACAUGCAGAAAGACAACAUAUUCCUGUGUGACUACAAAUGCUUGGAUGGACUGAAAGCAAACACCAUCAAUAGGAAGAAGCAGUACUUGAUGGCUCCUCUUGUCCUGCUCCACAAAUCACCUGAUGAUAAGCUGAUGCCAAUUGCUAUUCAGUAUGACUAUGGUGGCACUCCCCUCACCCUGCAACUUCCUCCACCAACCACAAAGGGAACAACAAGUGAGGCCACAAUGCUGCAGACUUUCCCUGAUGUCAACACAACAGUUCAGGGAAUGUCCACCAUGUGGCUGCCCAGCAAGCAAUCCUCUGACUUCGUGGCUCUCGGCCAGUACCCAGAGGACCAUUUCAGUGAGGAGGUUCCCUGCAAGCUGAUCAAGGCUUUUCAAGGAGAGCUUCAAGUGUUAAGUGCAGUCAUCAAAGCCAGAAACAAAAGUCUGGAGGUCCCAUACACAUACAUGGAUCCAACUGAGGUAGAAAAUAGUGUAGCCAUUUGA